AUGAACUAUUCAAUAUAUGAAUUACUUUACAUACGAACUGGCUAUUGCAAUUUCAUAGAAAUACUAACAUCAAUAUCUGUCAUCUUUGUGUCAGAGAACUUCUGCAGUUCAGACCCUUGUGGAAGAAAUUUUGCUAAAUGUGUUUCUUUAAAAAGCACUUAUACCUGCCAGUGUGACUAUGGAUUCUACUAUAGCAAGGAGGAUAAGAAUUGUUACAGAGGGGAAGUAUACCCAGGGGUCAUUAGUGUGAAUGGAUCCUACAGUGAGAGUGUUGAAACUGUGAAUUCCGCAGCAUAUGAAGAGGUGUUCAAUGGUGUAUCAGAAUUUUUUCAAAAGGCCUUCAAAAGUUUAUCGGACUAUGUACAGACAGUCAUUGUGGACAUUCAACCUUCAGAAGAAACCAGAACUGCUUCUCAAAUGAAUGUAACAGUGAUAAACCUAUUUAAGGAGAACUCAGGUGUGAAUAAUGAAUCAGUUUCUCUUGCAGUAGAACAAGCGAUAAAAGAAAAUCCGUCCUAUGUCUCUUUUUAUAAAGAGGCAACGAAAUGUUAUGUGUUUCAAUGUGAUACUCAAACCACAGACUGCGUAGAAGACCCGUUUCCAGAAUGCAAAUGCAAAAGUGGUUUAGAAAAGAUUAACCAGGAUGAUCGUUCUUGUUCAACUUGCAGUGAAAGUUGUUCUGCACAAGCAAACAGAUACUGUGCAAUAGAAGGAGGGAUCCCAAAAUGCAAAUGUAUGACUAACUUUGAAGAGAGAGAUGGAAAAUGCGUACCUUGUCGAGUGGGCUAUUCUGGGGACAACUGCACUGACAGCACUGAACUCAUCCUUAUAAUAGUGGGUACAAUUUUUGGAGCCAUUAUCCUGAGUUUAGUGAUAGCAGUCUCUGUAAUUUCAGUAAGAGCCAAACACAAACAAAAUCCAGAGAAGAAGAGGCUGAUAAAUUCAGGAUAUUCCGACACAGAUACCUCUGAUGACAGACCAAGCAUAACAUUCCCCAGAGUCCAGACCACUUCUGGCCAUGCAAACCCAGGAUAUCAGCCAAACAACCCAUAUGAGAUGCCUUCCACAAAUAGAGGUCAUUUUUUGGAGAGGGGUUAUGAUGAUUUGUACGAACCAUCACGGGAGCGUGGGGGCUUUAGGAUGCAGAGCAGAUACUAAGUGACAAGAGCAGUAGAAGCACCGCCGACCACCGCAACACUGGGUCAGACCAAAGAGUUUCGCAGCCUCUCACCAAUGCAGUUACUUCAGCAGAGGAGACAACAAAGUCCUUGGCCCCAGAUUCUCUCAAGAUUUUCUAAAAGAAGAACACCGCUUGAAAGAGAUCAUGGACAACUCUGAAAUAAGAGGAAAAUGUAGUAGGGGAUAGGGAGAAGAAGAUAUCUUUUAAAAAAACUAAUGAGCUCCAAUAAACAUUAGACUUCUUUGAGAAGGCCAGUACACUGGCAAGAGAGUGAGCGUAUACAAGAUAUCAGGAUUUUAAUCCUGCUGGUUUUCAGUUCUUCUGGAAGAUGGUCCAGGCAGUAUGUAUGAUGCUGAAAAAUGUUGGCACCCAGAGCUUUACCUUUAUUUGUGCUCACUCAAUUUCAACUAAGGCUUUGGGCAGAUCAAAACUGUUUCUCAUGAGACGCUACCCUGUUUCAUCUUACUAUAGCAGAUACAGUCUUUUUUACCCUCCUCAACCCCCCAGUAUUUCCUAUCUGAAAGCAUUCUGUUCAGAUCUCUGCUGACAUGUGUUGUGUAAGACAAUGGCACUUGUCUGACCUUUUCCACAGCCUUCCUUCCCAAUAAAAUGGCAAGAAACAA